AUGAAACAACCGCAUGAGUCUCGAAACCUGCCAGAGACUCCUCGAAACCAGUCCCGCAACCCGAGAAGGCCCAGUCCACCAGAUCUUCCAACAACUGCCACGAAAACCAUCACCGCACGGAACCGGUCACCACAGUCAUCGACAUCGGCAAGCACUCGUAAGCGAACAUCGUUGCAACGAGUUCAAUCUACUCUCACGCAAAUCGAUUUCGUGACACAGCCCACACCUUCGAAUGAUGACCAGCUUGGAUACAUCGAGGAGUACAAGCGUCGCGACGAUACCCAAGACACAAUCCGGCGGCUAAAUGUAGAUGAUGGGUCCGACAAGGAUUCAGACUAUCUCCCUGCCCAGCCAGUUUGCUCAGCUCGUAUCUCGAAAUUCAAAAUGAGUGAACGAGAGCGCGAUUCGGAUCAACGCUCGCAGAAGCGGAGAAGCUCUGGAGUUGUCAAUCGAGAUGCAAGCCGAAGUUAUGUACCUCGAAAGAGUGAGACACCGAGGGCGAGCGCUCGUACUAGGGGCGGUCGAAAAUCUUUGGAGAAGUCAGUGGGAAAGCGGGAUAAGACCUUAACUCAGAUGGACUUUGUGCGACGUUACAUUACCAUCGAUGAUGAUGAUGACGACGAUGUGAACAUGAGUUAUAUCCAGCCGGCACCGCAGAAGAAGGACAUAAAAUAUGAACAGACAGAACAUACGCCCAAACCGAACCAAUCACAGCCUAUGAAGCGUCCGACCCCCGCUAAACGAAAGCGCAGAGCUUUUGAACAAGAGCUGGACCUCUCAACCGGGGAGCCUAUAUCACAGCAAAAAGAAGCACAAGAGUCAAAUCCUGGAAGCGGAGGUGAGGGCGAGCGGGAAUCUGCAGCUCCUGUUACACCGCGGAAGCUUCGGACGCGCGAGAUUCCUUCUUCACAGACACCUGAAAGCCCUGGUCUCGCUAUUAUAACCUCGUCUCAAUUUCGCAGCGCUACUCGUUCUCCUUCAAAGCGGAAACCGUUAAACCCCACGGAUAAUUCCAUGGAACCCAUCAAAGAAGAACACCCGGAGGUUCGGCGAGUAGUCGAGGAUUCACAAGACCCUGGAGGGGAAUCUUUACCUCGACCAACAACAUUCGAUUCUCCAAACAUCCAUAUCAAUUUGAACCAUCCUGAUCUAACUACCAUCGAGGAAUUUCCCUCAUCUGCACCUCCGACGGAGUCAAGUUUGCAGGAAUCCCCAAUCGAAGCAAAUGGGAACCCGAGAAAUGAACCCACCAGGAGGGAGAGGACAGUCGUCUACGAAACGGAUGCGGACUCAGAAUACGGAGACUUUGAGGACAACCCCAUUGGACGUUCCGUGACACCAACCCCAAAGAAAGCGCACCGAGCACUUGGUCCGCAGGACGGCUCACAGGCGACCCAACACAGCCCGGAGUCACCCAAGGAUGAUUCCCAAGAACUUCCUCUGCUAGCUAUGCAAUCGAGCCCCGGAUUGGAUGAUGACCCUCCAUUCGAAGGUCCAAUGUCUGAUGCCUCAAUUUGCUAUCAAAGAAUGCACGCAGCCACACAAUUCCCGCACGAGCCAAUUCCAACGCUGAAUACGCAGAAGAUGUCUGAGCUUUUCCCUCACGCAGGUAGUAGCCAGAACACAACCUUGGAGACAUGGAGGCCUCCUAUUCGAAAACAGGCACCGGGGCCAUUCUUGCAGACACAGACACAGAGCCAGGAAGGCGGCAAAGAGUCUACUGAAAUGGUUCCGGAGUCGUCGCCCAUCCGGGAACGAGAACGUGGAAUCGAGUCGGGCGACAGUUCGUUCCAACGACCCCGUGUUCCUGGCUCAGUGGUCCAAGUUGAGUCCUCGCAGGUGGUAGAUCGAGAUCCUCAAUGGAAAGGCCAGGUCCUCUCUCGGAGCCAGCUUCUUACAUCGAGCGUCAUGGAGAGCAUUCCACUCCCAAACUUUUGGAUGGGGAGUCAGGAUAGUGUAGGAGAGCCUUAUAGCUUACCUGAAGGAUGA